CCACGCAAUCUGUGUCGUGGAGCUCGGAGACAAGGCUAUAUGGAGCCGGCGCCUACAAAGCAAGAAAAAUUACGCGAGCAGGACAAGCGCGUUGUUCAAGUGGCAAGUACAAUACAGAUAGAAGCUCAACUGAGCCGACGGAGCAUGACAGCUCACAAAAGGGGGGAUGGGCCCCAUGCUCCGAUGAGAACAGGUGUUAUCCUCGGGCAAGGCAUUAUGGUGGAUGACGUCGCGCAUAUUUAGGACUCCAUUGCAUUACAAUGAUACGCGGACGGCAUCCCGCCGGCAGACAUUUCCUAGGCCUAGGAGCGCUUAUGUUGAGCGUUGGUACUGACACCAAGUUUCUAUCGGUGAUUGGAUCACCCCAAGCGCCUUGGACUGCCUCAUCGCGGGGGAUUGCCUGGGAUCCAAUCAUCGUAACGCUGGCGAAAGCGCAAUGGCCAAGAGAAAGUCUCAGUUCGGUUGCGCAAGAGGCAGUGACUCAGGCUAUGACGAAAGAGGAAACUCAGUAGGA